GCCUGUGUUGAUGUUUUGGAGAACGGGAAGAAGGAGACGCUGUUUGUUUUUGUUCCCUCCGCCGUCGAACCGGAACCCAGCUGUUGUUUUUUCGACCGUUCGGGUUCGGUAAGGGUCUUAACUCGGUGUUUGGAGCCGAACGGUCCGUCCGGAAGCCGAACAAACCGACACUUUUGAUCCAGAACGGAGGACUCGUCCCCCUCUGACCGCCUCACGCUCGGCCACCAUGACGAUCCUCCCCAAGAAGAAGCCCAGCUCCGGGGUCGGCGUCUCGGACCACGCCGAUGACAGCGAUCGACGGAGCGGGCCCGACCCCCACCAGCACCCGCACCCGCACGCCGGGCGCACCGGAACCCGGCCCAGAGCUUCCCCUCCGCCCUGGUCCUACCAGAGCGCUCCUCCGUCCGCCAGAGAGGACAGGCGGAGCAUCGAGGCGAGCUCCCGGCCGCAGCAGGCCUCUCCGCCGCCCGUCGGCUCCGUGUCCCCGGUGGGCCCGGCCGACGGCAGAGACAGUAGCGGCGGGAUGGUCCCCGGCUCCCGCGGGGAGCUGGUGGUGUCUGCCGGUGUGGUGGGAUGCGGCGGAGCGAUCGGCGGCUGCUGCUCCGGGCCCGGGCUGAGCAAGAGGCGGCGGCAGGCGGGCACCUGCUCCGGGGGGGUGGUAGCGGCUCUGGCCGGGGGAGGCCAGCCCGGGGUGACCGGACCGGGAGGUGUGGGCUCCAGCCAGGACACGGAGGAAGGAGCCGGGAACAACAGCGAGGACGAGUACGAGAACGCGGCCCGGCUGCAGUUCAUGGACCCGGCCACCGUGGAGCAGCAGGAACAUUGGUUUGAAAAAGCUCUGAGGGAGAAGAAAGGAUUUGUCAUUAAGAAGAUGAAGGAGGACGGAGCGUGUCUGUUCAGGGCUGUGGCUGACCAGGUGUACGGGGAUCAGGACAUGCACGAGGUGGUGAGGAAACACUGUAUGGAUUACCUGAUGAAAAACGCAGACUACUUCUCCAACUACGUGACGGAGGACUUCACCACAUACAUCAACAGGAAGAGGAAAAACAACUGCCACGGCAACCACAUCGAGAUGCAGGCCAUGGCCGAGAUGUACAACCGUCCUGUGGAGGUGUACCAGUACAGCACAGAGCCAAUCAACACAUUCCACGGCAUCCACCAGAACAACGACGAGCCAAUCAGAGUGAGCUACCACCGCAACAUCCACUACAACUCUGUGGUGAACCCCAACAAGGCCACCAUCGGGGUGGGCCUGGGCCUGCCCGCCUUCAAGCCCGGGUAUGCAGACCAGUCUCUGAUGAAGUCGGCCAUCAAGACGUCGGAGGAGUCGUGGAUCGAGCAGCAGAUGCUGGAGGACAAGAAGAGGGCGACGGACUGGGAGGCCACCAACGAGGCCAUCGAGGAGCAGGUGGCCCGAGAGUCCUACCUGCAGUGGCUGCAGGACCAGGAGAAGCAGGCCCGACAGCCUCGUAAGGCCAGCGCCACCUGCAGCUCAGCCACCGCCGCCGCUUCCAGCGGGCUGGACGACUGGAGCGCCCGGUCACCACGGCAACGAGACUCAGACCCCUCCCACUCCCACUCCGAACUCACGACCACGCCAUCCACCCACAACAAGCCCCCGUCCCCCGCAGGAGCCGCACUCAUCCUGAGCAAACCACCAUCGCCCUGUGCCCCAGGUAUUUUAUUCUCUUGUUUGGGAUGAAAAACUUUUUUUUCUUGGAAUAAAAAGAAGAUAAUGUUUCUGAGA